CCUGUCGAGAGGUGCGCCAGUCGCAGUUCUGGAAGAGAUGCCGUGUCAACACGCGGUUUCUGCUGGUUUUGGCCCGGUCACUUCGGGUUCUUGGCUAUAGUAGUCUCGCCAUCCGCCGGGCUUGUUUUGGAAAAUCAACCAGACCCAAUAGGGGACUCUUCCGAAUCGAUUCCCCGACUGCCUGCUAAAAUGCGAACAAUACGUCAUCUCUUCGUUCCCUGGGCUCUCAGUCAAUAUAACCAUGCUCUCACCACAUGUGAAAUUUGCCUUACUUCAAUCAGCUGACUACGCUUUUACAUAGUCUCGAAACCAACAGCUGCAUCUCAACACGCCAUCAUGUCCCACGCCUUAGUUUUGGGAGCCUCUGGAAUAUCUGGCUGGGCGCUGCUCAACCAGCUCACGCGAUAUCCUGACCCUACAACAUUUUCGCGAAUCACUGGUCUCUCAAAUAGACCGCUCACCCUUGAGCAAGCCCAGCUUCAAGCGGAUCCGAGGCUCAACCUCGUCAACGGUAUCGAUUUGACGAAAUCGGUCUCUGAAGUCUCGCAAUUAUUAAAGGAGAAGGUAGAAGAUGCAGCAAGUAUCACGCAUGUUUUCUUCACCGCAUACAUACAGACUGGGGACUUCGAAAGCCUGAAGAAAAUCAACACUGACCUGCUAAGAGUGGCCGUUGAAGCCAUUGAAAGGGUCUCCAAAAAACUCAAAACAAUCAUUCUCCAGACUGGCGGCAAAGGGUAUGGUUUAGAAUUCCCCAAAGAGGUGGGUGUCCACCCACCCCUCCGCGAGGACAUGCCACGCAUCCCCGAGCCGUACGCAAGCAAGAUCUUCUACUACACCCAAUACGAUCUCCUCACCGAACUGUCUAAGGGCAAGUCAUGGACCUUCUCAGAAAUCCGUCCUGAUGGCAUUGUCGGGUUCACACCUACAUCAAACGCGAUGAACAUGUCACAAGGCAUUGGCUUAUAUCUUUCCAUAUACCGAGAGGUACAUGGCGAGGGUGCCGUUGUGCCGUUCCCUGGAGAAGAGCAUGGUUACCAAUCUACCCACUCCGACACCUUCCAGGAUGUGCUUGCGAAAAUGGAAAUCUAUGCUGCAACGCACAUUGAGAUGUGCGGCAACGGCGGCGUUUUCAAUGUCGCAGACGGACAGACAGUUACAUGGGCGCAAGUAUGGCCUAAGCUCGCUGCGCACUUUGGUCUCAAGGGCGAAGGCCCUAGAUCGAACACCACCCCGAUGGAGCAGUUCGUCAAGGACAACCAGGAGACGUGGAAGGCACUUGCGGAUAAGUACGGUCUCAAGACCAGGGUGACGGAAGAGCAAAACUGGGGUCACGUACACUUCAUGCUUGUGCAGUUUGACUUUGACAGGCAGUAUGAUUUGAGCCGGGGUCGAGAGGUCGGAUUUAAGGAGGAGAUUGACACAGCACAAGGUUACUUCCUCUCUUGGGAGAGAAUGAGGUCUGCACAAAUUCUGCCGCCCUUGCAGUAGACGUCUAGUUUCUCGACAGAAAAGAAGACAUGACAGCUUCCAGCUUGCACCAAUCGCGUCAGCUAGGACCA